UGUCGCCAGCUUUCGCGAAUCGCGAGCAACGAAAGUAGAAACUUGACCAACCUUUUGAGCGAUGUCGCGCCGAGUCUUGCGACAGAUGUGACGUUCGGAAAAGCAGAGCUCUCAUUGGAUAUCGCUCAUCGCUCAUCGCGUGCAGUGUGCGAGGGCCAUAAAUACGGUCUUUACAUGGGUUGCCUAUAUAGAACAGACCUCUAAUUUGGCUUCUCCGGCUAUUGUAUUUAUAAACGGUUUUCUUUAUUUACUGUCUAUUCGAUCUUGCAGCACAAAAAAUAAUGGGGAAAAAAGACAAGAACAAAAAUAAAAAUAAAAUAAGCGGCAGUGUGAAAACUGCGCUGAAAACUGAGAAAAAACUUAAUGCUAAACAGAAGAAGGAAUUAACGGCGCUUGGUGAGGAGGAUAUAGAAAAGGUCAUCGCUGAGAUUGAGAAAGAGGAAGGCCGCAGACAACGCGUGAAAGAGAUGAUAGUAAACCCGCCGUCCAGACGAGUUAACUUCACUUUGACGGCGCAUCCCUUUAAGAACGAACUUAUUAUGCUUGGCGGCGAAUUUUAUGAUGGUCGGCAGACCAUUGUAUAUAGCGAUAUGUUCUCCUAUAAUAUAAAUAAGCGAGAAUGGACAUUGAUAAAAGCGCCUGGAGCACCGCCACCGCGAUGCGGUCAUCAGACGGUGGCUACGACUGCAAAUGGCACUGGUGAAUUAUGGGUAUUCGGCGGUGAAUUCACUAGUCCGAGUGAGUCGCAAUUCUAUCAUUACCGUGACUUGUGGGUAUUUCGAUUCGCCGAAAAAAAAUGGGAAAAGAUCACAGCUGCAAACUGUCCGUCAGCUAGAAGUGGACAUAGGAUGCUACACAUAAAGAAGCAGCUGAUAGUGUUCGGCGGAUUCUACGAUAAUCUGCGGCAUGAUUAUAAAUAUUUCAAUGAUGUACACAUUUUCGAUCUGGAGACUUACAUGUGGCGGAAAAUCGAGCCUACUGGUAUUGCACCUGCUCCUCGGUCCGGCUGUAUAUUUUUGCCGACUGUCGACAAUAAGCUUGUCGUAUACGGAGGCUAUAGCAAGGAAAAAAUAAAAAAAGAGAUGGAUCGGGGUUGCAUUCACGCCGAUAUGUUUCUUCUAUCGCAAACGGACAGAAACGACUUAACUAAGUACAAGUGGAUUUGCAUAAAACAAACUGGGAUUCGAGUGACUCCAAGAUGUGGCGCUUCUGCUACAUUAAUCCAACACGCGAAUCAGGCCUUCGUGUUUGGCGGUGUUUAUGACAAUGACGAUGAUGACGAUGAUGAUGAUGAUGAUGAUGAAAAUCUAUGUGAAACAUUUUACAACGAUCUACUUGCAUUGGAUCUGGAAACAUUACACUGGCGCGCCGUAACAUUAACUGAGAAAAAAGCAACAACUCUCACUGACGACACCAAAGGACGACGAAGGAAAAAAAAAGAGGAAGAAGUAGAUGAAGAAUCAGAACAGAGUAAUGAUUUUGAGCAAGAAGUACCAAAAGAAUCUCCAAAUUCUAUACAACCUACAGUUACUGUGGACAACGACGGAAUAUUUACGAUGGUAAUAGGCUCAACGGCACCAACUUCUUCGUCAUUUCUCCAUCAAUCUUCUUCGGCAGUAGCAAAUGACAGAAGGGAAAAAUGUUUUCCAUCUCCGCGGAUGAAUGCCGGAAUGGUGAUGAAACACAACGUUUUGUAUUUAUAUGGUGGCUUGGUGGAAGAAGAUGAUCGACAAUACACUCUUUGCGAUUUCUACAGUCUGGGGGUUUCAGCGCCGUUAAGGCAGUCUUGGAACAACUCCGUCAAUUGCGCAUAGAGCCCAUCAGCACCAUAUUUAAUUAGCUCGGCUGGGAUGUCACCUGGACCUGGGGAUUUACCAUUCUUGAGUAAUUUACAUAUUUUCUUCACUUCGUUUAUAGUUAUUCUUAUAGAGGAUGUGAUUAUAUUAACACCUGUAAAAUUGCUUUCCUCUUUGAACUCUGCUCUGCUUUCCGUUAAGAGGUUUUUAAAUGGCUUUAUCAACAGCCUAGAAAAUAAUUAUCAACAUAAUAUCGAAUAAUAAAAAAUUACAGUGUCUCAACUUAAAUUCUACUUCUACUUUGGUUUAAUCAUUACAUAUGAUAACUAUCAGCAAAA